AGGGGCUGCGGGGCGGCGAUGGGGACCGGGGGGUGUCACGGGGAUGCUCCUGCAGCCCCGGCCGCGGGGGAGGCUCCUCCGGGGGUACCAGCGGGGACAGGAUGCUCCCGGCGGGGUGCAGGAGGCACCUGGGUUCCUCCGGGGGUACCACGGGCACAGGAUGCUCCCGGCGGGGUGCAGGAGGCACCUGGGAGCCGCCGGGACGGAGAGGAGGGCGCAGGACGAGUGCCACGUGUGGCCCCGGGGGCCGGGGCGGAGCAGGGGCUGGCGUCUGUCCGGGCACCUUCGGAGAGUUGUGGUCGGGAAGGAUUUCUGCUCUGCGGAGGUUUUGGGGCCUGGUUUAGCUCAGAAAGCGUCAGUUCCCUCCGGUUCCUUCUUGCUGGGUGGGCACCCGCUCUCCUGCCCAGCCCCUGGCCUCGGGGAACCAGCGAUCCCUCGGUGGCGCCCCGUUCCCCCUGCUCCCCGCUGAUACCGGCACAGUGUCGGUGCUCUGGGUGACCUCGUGUCACCUCCCUGUCCCCUCCCUCUCCAGGCACACGCCGGUAGCAUCGCCCCGAGGCAGGCGGGGCUGAUGCCUUUUGUGGAAGCCGCAGGGUGGGUGUCGGGGAGGGCAGUGCAGGGCUCAUGUCCUGGGUUCUAUCCCCGCAGGACUCAUGGAGAGGAGCCCUCCCGCUGAUGCGCGGCGCCUGCCGCGGCCCCCCAGGCAGCUCAGCCAGAGCGGCGGCCGCAGCCCGGCCCCGCCGGAGCGCCCCGAGCCCGCCCGCGGCCCCCACGCCGUCCUGGAGGGCAAGGUGAAAGCGCUGAAGGAGAAGCGGGGCGGGCGGCCGGGGACCCCCGCAGCCGCCCCCGAGCGCCCCUCGCCCAAGAAGCCGCGGGCCCGGCGGGGGAAGCCGGGGGCAGAGGUGGCGGCGGGGGAGCCGCGGGCUCAGCUCCGCACGUACCUGACGGAUGGGCUGCUGGAUGGAGGGGAGCCCGCUCCGGGCAGCGCCCCGGCACCCCGAGCCGGAACCCCGGGGCUCUGGAGGCUCCCGGUACCCAGGGAUGCCCCGGACAAGGGCAGCAGGUCCUGGCGCUCUGCCUCCCUCCACGAGAGACCCUCCCUGGAUGAAGAGGCCCGAACCCCGCUGCGGGACUGGGGGCGUCCCUCCGUGUCCCCCCCCAGGGCGGGGAGCUGGGAGAGGCUCUCGCUGGCCGAGCGGGUGGAGAGGAACCGGCGGCUGCUGCAGGAGGUGCUGGGCCUUGCCGCACCCGAGAUGCCAGCGAGCGAUGGGGACUGGGACUCAGGGGUUUCGAUGCAGGACGCUGAGGGCUGCAGGGCCUUUGUCGCCGGGCAGGAGCUGGAGCUGAGCCCGCGGCACGAGCAGGCCAAGCAGCUGCUGCAGCGAGCCCGCAUGAAGGCUCGGACGAACCCCCUGCGCGCCAGCCACGACAUCCUCCUCCUCCCCACCGCCGUCCCGCAGCCCAGGGAGCCCAGUGGAAGGCCGAGCGUCGCCCCGCGGGACGGCGGGAGCCUGAGCGACUCGUCCAGCGGGGAGUCGAGCUGCGGGCGGCCGCGGCGGCCGCGGGGACCGUCCCCAUCCCGUGUCCGCUUCGAGGACGAGUCGGCCCGGGACGCCGAGGUGCGGUACCUGGAGCGGCUGCAGCUGCGGCACCGGCGGGCGCUGGGCUCGGCGCUCGCCUCGCCGGAGCCGGCCGGCAGCAGGCAGCCGGGGGACGGCGCUGGCCAGCCCAAAGCCCGCACUGGCGACCUCGUAGCCGGGGGCAAAUGCAGCGCUUGCGGCUCCUUCCUCGGUGCUGCCGCCGGCCGGGGCACGGACCAGCAAGCUGCCCCCGACGUGGCCAAAAGUAGCCCUGCGGCACAAAGAAGCGUCCCGGGGGAGAGCAGGGGGCCGAGCGCUGCGCAGACAGAGCCUAAAAUCAGGCCUCUGGGCCCCGGAGGGUCCCCACUGUGGAUCCUGCCCUCCCGGCAGCGCAUCCACACCGAGAAGAUCAAGGAGACCUACAUCGGGGAUGUCACCUACAUUGACGAGGUGGACUCGGCCCUGGAGAGCACCGACACCUCCGACGGCUGCCGGACGGACAGCGAGGAGGCGGGACCCCGCAGCCCCCACCUGCGGGGGCACCGCGACCCCCGGGCUCGUGGGCACAGAACUCCCCGUGCUGCCCCGCAGCCGGAGGCGAGGGCCAGGAAGGGGCCCUGUGUGGCCAGCGGUGGCCCCGAGGAUGGGCACUCGGGGCCGGGGCCUGUUUGCCCCCCAGCACCGGGAAGAAGCAGCAGCCGGGAAGAUGGGGAGCCCCAUCGGCAUCCGGGGGGCAGCAAGGGAAUGGGAAACACAGCUCGCCCCCAGCAUGAGCCCAGUGAGCCUCUGGAGCCUUCCUCGCAGCUGAGGACCAGCACCCCCAUUCCGGGCACCCACGUCCCUGCUCCCCCCCCUACCAAGAAGGCCUGCGCCCAGGUGCCUUGCAGGAAAGCCCUGUUCUCCAGCGGCAGCCGCCAGGCGCCGAGCCAAGGAGUCCCGGGCCCCGAGCCGGGUGCUGGCAGCGCCUCCCCUCCGCAGCCCAGGGGCACGGCGGGGCCGGCCGAGCGGCGGGGUCUCUGCAGCCCCAGGUGGCUCCCGGGGAGCCCCCUCCGUGCCUUGUCCACCAACAAUUGCAACAACACCCACGGGCAGGACGCGCCGGGGACGGGCGGAGGGACACUGUCACACCCCGCUGCCAGCCCUGUCACCCCCGUGCCCCAGGAGGCUGCUCAUCCUGCGGGGGAAGGUGCCGGGAUGCCGGGAGCGCAGCCCCAGCCGCACCCGGCCGGGAGCGCGGCCCACGGGGAGCCGGGGCGGCCCGUGAGCCGCAAGGGCAGCAGCGCUUCGGCGUCGGGGCUGAAGAAGCUCCUGUGCAGCCUGAGCCAGAGCACCAAGCAGCGCCUGGGCCGCUUCCGCUGCUACAGCAUGGAGCAGCUCCCGGCCCCCGGAGGCUCCCCGCCGGGCGGCCCCAGCCUCAAGAAGUCACCGUCCCUGCAGUCCCUGCAGCUGGUGUCACCCUUCUGCCAGCCCCAAAAAGCUGCCUCUAUCCAAAGCCUGCAUCCCCAGCUGGGCAAGGCACCCCGUGCCAGUGCCUACCUCCUGCCCCAGACCACGGCUGACAGGAAGGGGGGCUCGGGGCCGCAGCGCUCGCUGAGCGUGGAGGACAUUGGGGCGCCCGGCCAGCUGCGCGCGGUGGGGCGCGUGGUCGAGGUGUUCCCUGAUGGCACCAGCCAGCUGGAGCUGCAGCGACCCCCCGACGGCGCCUUCGGGUUCUCUGUGACCUCCGGACACGGCCGGCCCGACACAGGUGUCUACGUGCAGGAGAUGGCGGAUGCCGGCACAGCCAAGCUCUACGCGGGGCUCCUGGGCGUGGGGGACGAGAUCCUGCAGGUCAACGGCGCGGCCGUCUCGGGGCUGGGGCUGGCCCGCAUCCGCCAGCUGCUGCUCCAGGCGGACACGCUGGCCCUGCGCGUGCUCCGGCACCGCCCCGCGCCACGGUAGCCCUGGCACGGCUCCUGUGAAGCCUGCAGGGAGCAGGAGGCUGUCCCAGUGAUGGGAGAAGGACGAUGUCCCGGUGAUGUCCCAGGAUGGUGUGGCGUGGACCAAGCUGCCUCACAGCGCCAGGACCUGCCUGGCUCCACAGCAACAGGGACAGGUGGCUCUCCUUGUCCCCCUAGGACAGAGUGUGGGACCAAGGACACCCCAGAAUCUCUAGGAGCUGCCUAAGUGUGGGGGACAGGGGACAGCCUGGCCCCAACAGAGCUGGGUGGGUCUGUCCUGCUGGGCAUGACCAGCAUGGGGACACCCCAUCUGUGACCCCAGGAGACAGAGGGCUUCCUGCCAGCACAGCCACCUUGUGCUGGAGGGCUGGUGAGGUUCUUUUAAAUUAUUUCAAACUGAAAAAUACAUCUCUGCAAUAACAAAACAAUGCCCUUGGCUUGUGGCAUGGAGGGGCUGGGGUGGUACUUGUGGCCCUGGGGUCUUUGCUUCUUGUUUUCUCUUGGCCCUCCUGCUCCACCAGCCACCUCCUGACCAUGCUGGGGGGGCCCUGGGCAGGCAGGCAGGGGGCUCAGCCACCUGCAGGGCUCCUUCGGGAUUUUUUGGGAUUCUUUUUUCCAGCCAUGGAAGGCAAAACACGUCCUUGGAACGACUGUCUCCAGCAGCAGUGGCAUGGCAGCAAUGGCUGCCCUCUGCACAGUGGUGCCCCACAUCUGGGUACAGCUGUCUGCAGCAACCUCACACCUGGGCACAGCUGCCCACAAUGCUGAGGUGACCCCAGAAACUGCAGAUGCUGCUUAUGCCUCAAAAACCAGGAAGGUGAUACCUGGCAAACGCUGGUGGGAGAGCUCUUCCCACUCCCUGGUGCCAGCA